AUGGAUGCUCAGGAUUCUGGGAAAGGUUGCCAGAAACGCUCUCUACGUACAAAUAUACAGGAUCCCUUUUCUCGUAAAUCUAUCAAUUGCCAUACUAUAGACCUGGAUGUUGGACACAGUAGACAUGAGCAACCGCCCGUUGCGGCUGUUCGUACGUACAUGGCCUGUGCGCAGCAUUUCAUUGAUGAAGUACAGUACUCAUCUUACGUUCAGUCGCUGGCCGCUUUAAUCAACAUUCGCCUUCCGUUCCAGCAUUCUCCUGAUCGACUCGUUUCUGUGUCUGAGUCAAUGUCUCCAAGGGUUGCCCGGACAACUAAAACUUUCCCUUACAUCCCACUAAGAUCGUAUAUCCGACAGUUUAUUGUGACUGGAAAUGACACCACGCCCGGACUUGGAUGUGUAUGGAAGCAAGAACGCCCUAACUACUUGCUUACUGCUAAGAGUGGUCGGUGGAGAGCGACCAAAUUUGCCUAUGAUAUUCUUCCGGACGAGCAGAUACCAUUCUUACGGCCACUCCGUGGACCCGCACAGGGGCAGAAUAGGCUGGAUGAGAUAUUGAACGGAGCACUAUAG